CUCGUAGUCUCGUGUUCCUCCGUGUCACACAUACGCUUUUUAGACUUGUACAAAUUCACAAACAAUUCCCAGGUUUUUCAUUCUCGAUCAAAAAACAUCUGUCUUUCACAUAAUCAACCCACAACUCUUUCUCCUUCCCCACUCUUCCGGAUUCCUGCGAUUUAGGGUUUUUUCACCUUCAAACAACUGCGAUUUAGGCUCUUUUUUUGAAGUUUAGUGUUUUUAAUUCUGAUAAUUGAUUUGAGAAUUCCGAUCCAAUGGAUUGGGGAAGCGUAACAGCGGAGGAUCUGAUGGAUGCUUUGAGAGAAGUGGAUUGGUCGUCACCACCCCGACCCGUUUCUGAAUUCUUUUCCAGAUUCACCCUUCCUCGAUCUUAUGCCAAAUGGAAUAGUCGCCUCAAAUGCAAUCUUUACUACUAUCGGACAAACUACUUUAUCAUGAUUAUCUUCAUUCUUGGGCUGGGCUUUCUAAGGAGGCCACUUGCAAUUGUUGCUGCUGCCUUAACAGCUCUUACUAUUGCUUUCCUGAAUGACAGCUUUGCUGGCACAUUUAGCGAGAAGGUAACAAGAACUGUGAGGCAGUUUUCUCCUCACCUGGCUGCGAAAAUGAGGCCUCCCCUUACGCCUGUCAUUCGUGGACGUCCUUCCGCCAAAAGGGCAAUAAACAUUUGUGGACGGCCUCGUUGGGUGUUUGUGUUGAUUUUCUCUACUGCAAGUUUUUUCCUCUGGUUUGCUUCUUGUGGUCUCCUCAUAGUUCUAUGGGCUUUUGCAAUUGGACUUCUCGCCACUGUUCUCCAUGCAAGCUUUAGGACCCCAAACUUGAAAGCCCGUCUGAAUACGUUCCGUGAGGAAUUUCGCGCAGUUUGGCGAAACUAUAGUGAAUUGUAGUUUUUCGAGCUGUACAUAAUGGUCACGGCGUUUGUGAGGCUGACCUCGGUCUUAAACGUUGACAUCAAGCUACGGCUGCAACACACUGCUGUCUCAGUUUGCUUCUCGAAAAAGACUUCAGCAGAUAACUUGUGGAACUGUAAAUUGUCAUUACUGUCAUUUUUUGCUAAAACACACCAAUGUUGUAUACACACAACUGUCCAAUGAUAUGUGCUUUAUAAAAGUGUGUAUAAUGUUUGUAGUUUAUCCCGCACACCCCAGCUUUUUCUUCAGGUUAGCUAGCAAACAAUCAGCUUAAGCAUCUUUUUUAGGUGACUAUACUGUCAGUAGACUCAAUUCUAAUUGAAGAGUUCCAUCUUUUAAUUAAUUGAGUAAUCCUACCUUUUGGCCUUUAA